GAGCUCACGAACGAAGUAGUGUCGGAGCUCGAUGUGUUUGGAGCGACCAUGGAAAACGGCUUCCUUUGUGAGGUGGAUAGUACUGGCAUUGUCGCACCAGAUGGUGGGACAGGGCUGGGGAGCAUCCAGCUCAGCGAGGAGGAAGCUGAGCCACCGCGCCUCCUGGGCCGCCAUGGUGACCGCGUAGAGCUCUGCUUCGCAGGAGGAGAGAGCGAUCGAGGAGGAGCGGGUGGAGCGCCAGGAAAUGAGGCCGCUCCCGAGGGAGAAACCAUACCCCUCGGCAAGAAGCAUGUCGUCGACGUAGACGAGGAUGUAGAAGGGGGAGGGGGAGGUGCGCAGGAAGAGGCAGGAGGAAGCCUGGGAAGGGCGAAAACCAAGAGCACGGAGAGUGCUCGAGAGCUUGGCAUGCCAUUCCCGAGGAGCUUGCUUGAGGCCGUAGACCGGGCGGCGAAGUUCCCAAACGGUGUUGGGAGGGAAAGGGAGGUGCCAGCCCUCGGGACGCUCCAUGAAGAUGCGCUCAUGGAGUUCACCUUGGAGAAAUGCCGUGGUGACAUCCAUCGAGUGCAGGAUCAUGCCGCGCCGGCCGACGAAGUCCAAGAACACGCGGACGACAGGGGGAGUGGCGGAGGACGAAGAGGAGGAGGAGGGCGAGGAGGAGGAGGAGGAGGAGGAGGAGGAGGAGGAGGAGGAGGAGGAGGAGGAGGAGGAGGAGGAGGAGGAGGAGGAGGAGGAGGAGGAGGAGGAGGAGGAGGAGGAGGAAGGAGGAGGAGGAGGAGGAGGAGGAGGAGGAGGAGGAGGAGGAGGAGGAGGAGGAGGAGGAGGAGGAGGAGAGGAGGAGGAGGAGGAGGAAGAGGAGGAGGAGGAGGAGGAGGAGGAGGAGGAGGAGGAGGAGGAGGAGGAGGAGGAGGAGGAGGAGGAGGAGGAGGAGGAGGAGGAGGAGGAAGAGGAGGAGGAGGAGGAGGAGGAGGAGGAGGAGGAGGAGGAGGAGGAGGAGGAGGAGGAGGAGGAGGAAGAGGACGAGUAGGAGGAGGAGGAGGAGGAGGAGGAGGAGGAGGAGGAGGAGGAGGAGGAGGAGGAGGAGGAGGAGGAGGAGGAGGAGGAGGAGGAGGACGACGACGACGACGACGACGACGACGACGAAGAGGAAGAGGAGGUAGACGAAGGCGCACCUCGAGAGCGCCUUGCGACGAGGGGGGCGAGGAGGGAGACGAAGACGAUGAGAAAGAGGAGAGUAGCGGUAUUUGAGCCGACUCAACGGCAAGACGCAC